CCCCGCGUUGUCACGCCGUGCAUCGAGCUUGGAGAAGAGUCACAGUCACAGUCACAGUCUCCCCAAAACCAACCCUUCAACUAGGACAACUGGAAUCGAUAUUCCACGACAACACUGCCCAGUGGCCGCCUGGAUCCAAUUGACCGAAAACCCGAUCGCCUUCACCCAAACGAUCGAACAUGUCCGAGAAACCGACAGAAGACCCCACCCAAGCCGAGGCUUCUGUCCCGGCUGCAGAGGGCGCCGAAGACGCUGGGCCCUCCAAGAAAGCCCAGAAGAAAGCCGAGGCGAAAGCCAAGAAAGAGGCAGAGAAGGCGAAACGUGCCGCUGAAGUAAAGGCCCGCGAAGCCGCCCAGAAGGCAGCAGCCGGAGGAGGAGAAGACCUUGCCAAACAGAACUACGGAGAUAUCACACACUUGAUCAAGGUCGAUGCCGAGAAGGUCAAGCUGAAGGACUUGGGAGAGGAACACCUGGACAAGACGAUCAAACUACGAGCAUGGAUUCAGAACUCUCGUAUGCAAGGAGCCAAGAUGGCGUUCGUUGAGCUUCGCGAAGAGAGAAACUGGUCCGUACAAGGAGUCAUGGCCACCUCCGAGGCAGGAGAACCUGUCUCUAAGCAGAUGGUACAGUGGACUGGCCGUAUUCGACUCGAGAGCUUCGUUCUUGUUGAGGCUAUCGUUAAGAAGCCUCUCGAGCCUGUUAAGAGCUGCAAAGUCAGCCAGUACGAGUUACAUAUUACAAAGUGCUACCUCAUAGCUUCUGGGCCGCAAGAAUUGGGAAUGACUUUGGGCGCUGCCAGCAAAGCCGUCACCAAUGUCGAAGAAGAAGAGCCCGAGGCAGCUGUUACUGAAGGCAUUAAGGACCUCAACAUCGCCGAAGCAGCUGCUCCUGGUGCAAGCCUGAACACCCACUUGAACAACCCUGUUAUGCACAAAAGAGCACCUGUUCAACAGGCCAUUGCCGACGUCCGCAUGACCGUACGAAAACUCUUUGCUGAUUAUCUGGAAUCCAAGGACUUUGUUCAAUUCGAGCCCCCGUGCUUGAUUGGGGCCGCCUCAGAAGGCGGAGCUAACGUCUUUGGUAUGAAGUACUUUGAGAAACAGGCUUUCCUUGCGCAGUCGCCUCAAUUCUACAAACAAUUUGAAAUUGCUGGUGGCAGGAAGCGAGUCUUCUGCAUUGGUCCAGUCUUCCGUGCUGAGAACAGUAACACCCCUCGUCAUAUGACUGAGUUCACUGGUCUCGAUAUGGAGAUGGAGAUCGAGGACAGCUAUCUCGAAGUACGAGAAAUGAUCGAGGGCCUUAUGCUCUAUAUCUUCAGGGGCCUGGAAGAGAAGCGAGCCGAGGAGAUUGAGCUCAUCCGCUCGGUCUAUCCAUCGGAAAAGUUUUUACUUCCUGAGGCUGGAAAGGAGGUGCGACUUACUUUCGCUGAAGGCCAAAAGCUUCUGCGUGAAGAAGGCCCCGAGGAGUACCGCAACGUUAGUGACUUCGAGGAUAUGUCAACGCCUCAGGAGAAGGCUCUCGGCGCGCUAGUCCGCCAGAAGUACAACACCGACUUCUACGUCCUCGACAAAUUCCCUGAGGAGGCGAGACCCUUCUACGCUAUGGAGGAUCCUGCUGACCCCAAGGUCACAAAUGCUUAUGAUUUCUUUAUGCGAGGCCAGGAAAUCCUUUCUGGCGGACAGCGAAUCCAUAUCCCUGAGCUUUUGGAAAAGAGACUCGUGAAAAAGGGGGUCGACCCGAAUCAGCCUGGUAUCAAGGAGUACGUCGAUGUAUUCAGGAGUGCUGGUGUGCCACCACACGGUGGUGGUGGUAUCGGUUUGGACCGUGUGGUUUCGUGGUAUCUUAACCUGCCAAGCGUGCACCUCUCAUGUUACUACCCUAGAACUCCCAAGCGCCUUUUGCCUUAAGCGGUCGACAAUCUUAUACUUUGCUCCUUUUCGGAGCAUAUGCCAUAGACAAAAUAAAGCAAAAUGUUACCAUAUCACAACCCAUCGACCAAUGUCAGUCAAUAAUAUUGAUGCAUUGACACACUUUUUCUUUUCUCUUCUUCUUUUCCCGUGUAUCCAUCGUGUUGUAGGGAAACUGCAAUGGUCGAGACCAAA